AUGGCAAAACCCCCAACCGCCCUCCGACAAUGGGUUCAACUCAGAAAAAACCUCUCAACCUCCUCGCCCCUUAAUGUCCUCCAAACCACAUCGAACUCCAGAGCUCCUACCCUCACGCGCACAUCAAUCCAAAGCAGACCCUUCUCCAGCACCCCAAAACCAAACGGAACACCCGCACCCGCAGCCGAACUCGCGCGUAGGCAAAAACUGCGAAGACUGAGACGAGAAGGUGCCUUCAUAAAAUCAGGCCAGCAGGAUUUCCUCGUCGAUGAUAGAGGUCUCUUCUUGGGUAGCCUCGAGCAUUACAAAGUCGACUACGUAGGCACGGAACAGAGUUUAAUGCUCCAACAUGACAAGGUCGCGAAGUGGCAGUAUGCCGCUGGUGUUAGAGAUGGGUUCAUCCCCAAGGGUAUCUCGGAGAAGAAGUUUUAUGAUGUGGGAAAGGAGUUGAUCCAAGCUGCUUUUGAGAGCCCGCCUAAUGGGCAGGCUAUUCGGGCGAUUUCUACUGAUGUCGAUGCCGUCUUUCGUCUUGGUUUCAUGGCUAGUAUCGAACAUAAAUUGCUUCGUGGUUGGAUCGUCUCGUCUUGUGCACUCGCCCGCUCAUCUAUGGCUGUUGUCACUAUUGCGCGUGGUCAAGUCACCGAUACCGAGGUUCCUGCCCCAGGGAAAAAUUCCUGGUUGGUGGAAACCGAGAAACUGGCUAAUGAGGGAUACCCGCCUGCCAUGUUGCUUCAAGCGAAGAUUAUCGGAGCCCGCGGAGACCUUGAAGGAGCACUUGAGAUCCUUGAAAAGAAGAUCAUGCCGUUUUUAACUCCAUCUCAACGACGGCCAAUCGCAUUUGAGGAUAUCACUUUGAACGGACUUUUGCCAUCGCCUUAUCAAUUACAGGCUGUUAUCCUUGCAGCGAUGGGUCAAAAGCUAGACUCGCAGGCUCAUCGUGAUGCAGCGGAUAAAGCACUUGCGAUUGCGGCUACGCAGUACAACGACGUUCAGGCAUUACUGGAUUAUGCUUGUCUCAUGAUGUCACAGGAUAAAUUGGACGUCUAUGAAGAAUGUAUGUCCAAAGCUGCUACUGCUGGUAACCCAAAGGCUUGUCUUUACCUUGCCAACUACUAUUACCUCACUUAUAUGGGUCGCUACCCUACGCAAGCUGAACAAAGACCAACAAGAGAUAAUCCCCACCCCGUCGCUAAUUGGGAACCUAUUUCCCCUUCUGAGGAAUCCAACAAGCCGACAGAACUGACAACAUGGGGACUGAAGUACUAUUUGAGUUAUUUCAAGAACCUCUUCAGAGCUUCCAUGUCUCGUUCGGAGUAUUAUACUCUUUCACGAGAUUGGUACCAGCUCGCGUAUCAUCAUGGUGAACACAGAGCGGCUUUCAUGGCGGCGCUUAUUGAUCGUGAGUUGGGACUUAUGCAUAAUGGGAGAAUGUUUCUGGAACAGGCGCAGAUGCAGCAUGAUCCACUUUAUCGGGAGAAGUUGGAGGAACUGAAGAAUCGUUGGUUUGAUAAGGAUUUUGAGCCUGCCGUUAUGUUGAAGAUGUUGCCUGUACAGUAA